AGGCGCUGAUGCAGAUGCGUGUGAUGUGUGUGUUUUCUGAGCUGCAGAUUGCGGGGAACUGCUGGGCUGGCAAUCCGAUUUACAUAUUACUAAAGGGAAAGUCUGCUUUGAAUAAACUUCCCACACUUAUCCGCCCAGUUCCCCUACCCGCUCUUUCCCAGUGAUGCGGACAGACGGAGAAGAUAUGGCAGACGUAGGGGCCAGACUCAGACUCCGAGCUGGAUUUGGAUUCGAGAUUGGGAUUGGGAUGGGAAAACGUCAACGGCAGUCGCGGCGACAACGAUACGACAACUUCAGGACGAAUUCUGGAAGGGAAAACUUCGUCUGCCACCCAGGCCACCCCCUAAACUCCGCCCAGCACAACAACAACAGCGAGCAGCAGAAGCAGCAGCAAAAAAAAAAAAAAACACAACGAGCCGAGAAAACUCAAUUAAACUUUUGUAAUUACAGCUAAAACGGAAGAAGAUAUUUAUCCAGUAUAAUUGCAUUGAAGGCAAAUGAAAGAAAAGGAAAGCCAGAAAAACAACAAGAACGAGACACACACACACUGGCUGGGAAAAAAAGAAAAACCAAAGACCGGGGCGAAAGAAAGCUGGGAAAAUAAAUAAAUAAAGGAUGCCAGGAGACAAGAAAUGGGCGACAGGAUAAGCAGAUGCCACUUGGAUCAGUCCAAGGACGGAUACUAGAACAGAUUCCAUGUAGGUGAGUGUUCACAAUCAAUUGUUUUGACCCUGAAAGAUCAACAAGUUUCACAGGGAAAAUCCUUUUAUCGAUAUGUUUUCAAUUAAUAUAGUUUAAUAUAUUUUUACUUUCCAUAGAAACAAAAACAUUAACUUACAGUGAUCGGAGAUUUUUUAUAAGCCAUUUCAGAACGCAAAAUACCCAAACGAAUGACACGGUUAAGCUGAUGAUAUCUGAUUUGUUUUUCGCUCGAAUCCAUUUAUCAUUUUCGAUAGGAAAAUGUUUUCAAUUGUCCGUGUCGUCGAUUGUCCGUCCGGUUUGUCUGUUGAUGAAGACAUUAAUUUGAUGCAAAUCGCGUCAACUGAACACAAUCGAAGUGCUAAUUGCGCUUCUUUCAAUGGACAAUCCGACACCGACGUGCCGCCCACUUUUGCCGCCCUCGUUCUCCAACAAUUUUCCCAGCAAUUUCCCAAUCUUAUUUUCCCACCUUCUUGGCCUCGCUCCACAAUGAACGCUAACAAACAGCAGCCAAUCGCCGCCCCACAUCCUGACAUCCAAGCUGGCGAUGAUGAUUGUGAUGAUGAUGCUGCCGGAGAUGGGGUUGCGGAUGCGGAUGCGAAUGCGAAUGCGGAUGGGAAUGAUGAUGAUGAUGAGGUGGCCGGGUCAGGUGAACUGCAGCUCCAACUCCAGCUCGAAGGACUCUGGACGCCGGACACUCAUUCCCCUGCAGUCCAAUCACUUCACUUCAUUAUGUAUGCGCGACACAGACAAUGGGCCACUGAUGGACGUGCUGCAAUUGCACUGCCACUAGUGGCUAGUAGCUCCAACUAGUGGCUAGUUGCUCCUGCUCCAGCUACUGCUACUGCCACGGCCAACUCCUGGCCACCGCAAACAUAGACGUUCCAUUUCCAGCCACUUUGGCACUGCUCAAAAUAAAUAAUCACCACAGGGCAUCCACUUACAAAUUAAUUUAGCGUAGAAUGGUAAUAAUAAUGCAUAUGGAAAAUAUAGUAUAACAUAUUAGCACAUUAGCCGUAAAAGUUAUCGGUGUGCUUACGGAAAGCAGUUAAAUUUUAUAAAAUAUAAAAAUAUAAGAUCUAUCUUACCUAUAAUCAUACUUACUUACUUAAAAUUCGUUACAUAAAAUCCGAUUUCUCAUAAUUAGCUCGC